UCAAUGCAGGAUGUGUACAUAGUCGGAGGAAACAUCAACUCCAACAACAAAGAGAAAGGAAACGUUUUUGCUAUUCCUUCGAACGAAUAUGCAGAAUUCAAUAUGCUUCUUGAUCCUUUGGCUGCAAAGACGUUAUUCCAUUCCGGGCUUAAUGUUACCCUACUCCGGCUUGGAAUUCAGCGUAAAGUUGGUGCAUUUCCUAAAGAUUUUAGAAAGGCUGCAUGUGACGAAGAGGACGCCAGAAGCAUUUUCGCAAGGCGGUUGAUAUCAAGGCUGCACCGGUUGCAACUAGAGCAUCAUAGAUAUCAGCAUAUGGACACAUUUCUGGGGGAAAUUCUUGGUGCCAUAACCUUGGGUGCCGAUCAUUCUAAAACCAAAUUAUAA